CGACAAUGCGGGUUUUGUCCCGUUCGAUUCCUGUUCUUGCAUCGGUAAGGGCUACUAUGAGAGUGCACAACACCUCCACCCCCUUCCCCUCAUUUGUAUGGCAUAAACAGCAAUACAAACGCCAGCACUCCUGGGUCCUGUGCAUCACAAGUUCACCGGCCGAAGGUAGUACUGUUUGGCCUUCCGAAAUUUGUCAUGCAAACAGUGCCAAAGGGCAUCAAAUGGAUUUGCGGUUUUGCAUGACAAAUGAGGGGGAGGACGAGGGGGAGUUGUGCACUCUCAUAGCUACGACUACUUCAUGGCGAUUCUGCAGAUCCUCAAAGGCUUCGACUUCCGAUCUUUCGACGGUUUGAAGAACCAACUGUCGAACGCAUCGACGUCCUGGCAGUACCGGCAUUUGAUGACGCAGGGGUGCGCGAUAUCCCGUGUAAAAACAUUCCCACCCCGGAGUUGUCAUGCAAUUCUGCAUGCCAAAAAGGUUUCUCAUGCGGUGCCCUAUGAGAAGCAUUUUCCUUUCGUGCUUUGGGAUUUGUAAUGCUGGGAUCAGCAUGCUGUGCUAGAUCUGUGAUGCUUCUGAGCUAGCUAAACAGGAUUACACUACGAGGACAAACUUGUCACGCCAAACAACCAAAGCUGUAUGAUUUGCCUAGCAGAUUUCCCAUCUUGACUUGACUCUGGUGUGGGGACGUUUUUAAUCAGGAUACGCGACCUGGCAGUUUAUGGAAAUGGUGCGCGACCAAAUCUUUCACACGGACUACUUCCACACCUUUCGCUGCGCGCCCGGUAUGAACUGCAAAAGCAUCGUACUCGUAUAAAUGCAUUAGCAUUACAAAUUCUCUCAGCAUGAGAAAUAAAAUUUGUCAUGCUGAAGAUUUACCUUAAGCAAAAUAUUUGUGAUGCAAGAGCUGCAUUUAUACGAGUGCGAUACUUUUGCACAGGAUACCCGGCGAGCAGGCGGUAAAUCUGAUGUCGGCGAUGGCAUGCAUUUUGGACGAAAAGUUCGCCUACGCGCUGGAAUUCCUGCAUUUAAACGUGAUGAUCUCUCUCGCGUACCAGUGCGACCUGUCCGAUUGGCCUUUCACGCAUCUGACCUUCGUCCAGCUGAUGAAGAACAUUUACGAGCUAGCGGGCAAGGAAAUGAAAGCGGUCGGAGUUUUCGGAGCGGGAAGUACUGGAACAACUCCAGCGGAAGGGGACGAGACUGCUGCCGCGGACGAGGAGCAGAAUAUUGCUAAUGCGUCAACAUCUUCGCAGCCAACCACUGCUAGUGCAAAAACUGGUGGAGUCGUCCUUUCUACGCCUCC